GGCCUGCCUCGCCAUGCAGCCCCCGAGGUAGAGCCUGGACGGCGCCGAGGAGCGCGGAGCGGCGCGCAGCCCGCUCGCCCGCCCGCCCGCCCGAGACGGCCGUCCGGCCUCGCGCCUGCCUGCUCCCUCCAGCCCGGACCCCCCCUGAAAUAUGUUCAGGGGCGCUUGGAUGUGGCCCGGGAAAGACGCCGCCGCGCUGACUAUCUGCUGCUGCUGCUGCUGCUGGGCUCCCAGGCCGAGCGACAAACCUUGCGCCGACUCCGAGCGGGCGCAGCGAUGGCGACUAUCCCUGGCAUCCCUGCUCUUCUUCACCGUGCUGCUCGCUGACCAUCUGUGGCUGUGCGCGGGGGCCCGGCCCCGGGGCAGGGAGCUGAGCAGCGCCAUGCGGCCGCCGUGGGGGGCCGGCCGGGAGCGGCAGCCGGUGCCUCCUCGUGCGGUGCUGCCACUGCCGCCGCCGCCGCCCGGCCAGCCCAGCGCGCCCCCGGGCACCUGCGGCCCGCGACACAGCAACCUGACCAAAGCAGCCCCCGCCGCCGGUCCCGGGCCGGACUGCGGCGACGUCCCAGAACCCACGGGGCUGGACGCAGCUUGCACCAAAUUGCAAUCUUUGCAGAGACUUUUCGAGCCGACCACCCCAGCGCCCCCUCUGCGGCCCCCGGACUCCCCCUCCCGUGCCCCGGCCGAGUUCCCCACCGCCAAAAAAAACUUGCUCAAAGGCCACUUUCGGAACUUCACUCUUUCCUUUUGCGACACCUACACGGUCUGGGACUUGCUGCUGGGCAUGGACCGCCCCGACAGCCUGGACUGCAGCCUGGAUACCCUGCUGGGGGACCUGCUGGCCGUGGUGGCUAGCCCGGGCUCCGGGGCCUGGGAGGUGUGUAGCAACUGUAUCGAGGCGUACCAGCGGCUCGACCGACAUGCUCAGGAAAAAUAUGACGAGUUCGACCUCGUGCUGCAUAAAUACUUACAGGCAGAAGAGUACUCAAUCCGGUCCUGCACGAAAGGCUGUAAGUCCAACUGCCCUGAGGUCAUUGAUGUCACCAACAAUUUGGCUGUCUACAAGGCCUGGCUGUGCUCAGAAUACUUCAGCGUGACCCAGCAGGAAUGCCAGCGCUGGGUGCCCUGCAAGCAAUACUGCCUGGAGGUGCAGACCCGGUGCCCCUUUAUCCUCCCCGACAAUGAGGAAAUGGUAUAUGGAGGACUCCCGGGCUUUAUCUGUACAGGGUUGCUGGAUACUUCGCCAAAGCAGCCGGAAACCAAGUGCUGUGACGUGCAGUGGGUCUCCUGUGAGUCAGAAAAGAAGAAGUUCAAGGAGACUGAAGCCCCCAAAACCCACCACCAGCAAUUCCACCAUUCCUAUUUCCACCACUACCACCAACAGUACCACCACUACCACCCCCGCCACGACCCCCCAGGCCGCCUCAGCCACAAGCCGUCCCUGCUGCCCGUCUCUGGGAGCUCCCGCCUCAGCCCCAGCAGGAUCCGGCUCUAUGUCCUUGUUCUCAUGCUCCUCCAUACCAUGGUGUCCUUCUCCAGCAGCCAGGGUGGUGGGGGACCAGGGCUGGAGGCACUGCCUGCCAUAGAUGAGGGCCUGACUCGGGAAGAGUGACAGUAGGGAGGGAGAUCAGACCUCCACCACACACGACAUCAGCUCCAGCCCCGCCAGGGGGAGGGGGAGGGGGCUCCUCCCGUGGGAGGUGCAGGACCAGGUGGGGGCGGGGAGAAAUGGGGGAUCACACAUCGCCCCCGACCGACCCCCACCCCCAAAGCAGCUCCAAGAGAGCCGCCAGAGGGCCCUAGGGAGCUGCAAAACUCACCCAGGAGAAAAAGGCAGGAGCAGCAGGUGCCUCCCUCCAGGCCCCCGUCUAUGGGGCUUAGCCAAAAAAGCGGGGGUGGGAGCUGGAAAUGUCCAGCCCCACAGAGAGCCCUGACCCCAGGGAAGGAGGCUGCUUACCCAGCCUUGGCCCUGCAGGGAAUGCUGGGGGGCACAGAGGGGAGAAGCUCUUUCCCCCUUCCGCAUUCCUCUUGUUGCCAAGAUCCUUAAUUCCCUCCUGCCCAUACCCCUACAGGCAACGGCAGACGAUGCAAUGGCCCUCCUCCUGCUCCAGUGUUUCUUGUCCCAUGUGGGGCCGCCACCAGGAAGGGUCAGGCGGGGACAUGAGGUGUACGCAGUUGCAGCCCAGUCAGGGCCCCAGCACCCUAGACGUUGAGGUAUCGGAAUGGGGUGCAGACUGAGUGGCGGGAGCGAGUGGAGAGAGGAGAGACGCGGGCGGAGGGCUUGGAGAGACGGCCGAGUGGGCCGUUGCCACUUGGCUUGUGGGAGGCGGCUGAUCAGUAUUGAGGCAGGCUCGAGGACAGCUUCCCAACUCCGAAAGGGUUAGCCUAAGGAGCCCUCUGGGGAAAGAGCACAGGGACUGGGUUCUUGGGCCUUGAAGCAGAAGGCAGAGGGUACGAUGUCAGACUGCCGCUGUCUGCAGGGCCAUAUCUUACAGAAGGUGCACAUAUUUCCAAGGGCCGCUCUUGCCCUGGAGAUCUUGGCCUUGGGGCCAAAGACGUUUCCAUUUCUGAUCUCUAUGGGGAGGAGGGACUUAAGCCCAAGUGGGUCAGGCCUGGCCUGGGUCCCCAUACUCCCCCAUCUUGUCCUAGCCCAGGCCUCCAUGAAGGAAACCCUGGUGGUGUUGCCCCAAGGCUUUCCAGAGAUGAGCCUCCCCGAUCCCCAGCCCGUCCCCAGCCUACCAAAGAGUAUUCAUCCCUUCUGAUCCCUGACCCCAUGGGUUACUAUCCCAAUUGUGGAACCACCAGACUGCUCCUCACCCUGCAGCAGGGCCCCUAAUCCAGACACCCCUGCCCCUUGCUGGAGAAAGUCCAGAAACUGGCAAGAGGACCCGCUGAAUAAAGACAGCGUGCUGUGGUCCCUUGGCUGAGAGACCUGAAGUGUUUCAUUAGGCCAAAGGGCUGCACUAGAGAAGAGACUCAUGGGCCAUUAGCCUUGUGCUGAUCUCUGAGGAGUGGGAGGCCACAUGACCGGACAUCAGCAGAUCAAUAGGAGCAGACAGGAAAGGGAGCCACAGCUGUGUUUCUGGGACUGGCCAAGGGGCUUUCAAUGCCAGAAGGGCCCGUGUCACUGGAUGCCAUGCCAGUGAGUUAAGGGGAGGGGUGGACCUGGAGCUGCAUUAGGCAAAACAAAGAUGGGGAGGGGACAGGGACAGCUGACUUGGCUGGCUGGGGGAUAAAUGGGACACCUCCCUGGCAGAGAAGGAAUCACUCUAGGGCCUCAGCUGGGUCCCCAGAUAGGCUUUGUGAGACUGGGGAGUCCUUCCCUGCCAGUUUUCUCAUCUCUCACAGUGUGUCCCCCUCCUCCCAGCCCUGCCCACAUACAUACUCCUCGUUUUGGCCUUCAGCAUUUCAGGCCUAGCCACAUACCCUAUCCCUAGAGUGCUCUUUUCAGCUGGGGAGGGGAAGAGGUGCUGGCUCCUUUCCAGAGAUGACAUGAGAGACCCUAGGUACUGCCUUCUCACUCCUGUAUCCUCAGGAGGGGAAAAGGGACCAGGAAGUAAAGGGGGAACCUUAGGACCCCAGGGAAUGGACCCUUAGAGACUCCCAUUCCCUCUUCCCCCUCACCAAGUGCCCAGGAGACCCCUGGCUCAGUCCAGCCCAGGGCCUUGCCCAGUGGCAGGGGAAAGGGGCACCUCACUCCACCUCGAAGUCAUUUGACUGUCCCCAUCCACCCCACGGCCCAGAUCUUCCACCACCCCUCCGGCUGCCCCUGUCCUCCGUCACAGGCAGCAGAGCCGGGCAGCUUUCUUAUGCCAUUUUCUACACUGUGCUUCAUGAGUAGGACUUUCUUGCACUAGUUCCUAUGACUGAGUCUCCAAGCUGGAUUCCUAGUAGUCCCCAUCCCUUCCUCCCUCACCUGGCUAUGAUUCAGUUGUCGCCCUUUCCUUGCCUCUGUGUUUCGGUGAGAGUCUCUGUAUGUGUACUGCUUUCUGUUUUGUUGCAUUGUGGGGCAGAGGCCUCUCUGCUCUUGUUUAACCCCAUAAAGAAAUAAAUGGUAAGACUUGAUGAUAA